UACCCUCUCGGGCUGAUAUAGAACGAGGAACACGCGAUAGUUUGUCCGUAACCCUAUACGACCAAGUGUCGGCCUUAUUAUUAAUAAAUGAUCUGCAAGGUACAUGAUCUUUUUUUCUUGUUGUCUGCUACAUAUAAAUUACCCCGCCGCCAUGCUUCCUCGUCGGCGCGGAGCCUCCAGACACUUCUCUGUGCGACGAAAUGCGAUUGAUGAUGAUGGCUAGAAGGAUGUUUGAUCUCCUGGCGUUGGCCAGUUUCUCCAAUUCGUUUGGAUAUGCCUGGGGAGGUUCGGACGCCAUUGUGGUGAGUGGGAGUCCACCAUCAAAUACCAGCGCACCCAUCCCGGAAGCCUUUGUCAGCUUCUCAAUUGAGUUUGCCUACUUCCCCGAUUAUGCUGGAAACUCAUCGUCGCCAAAUACAUUCUCAAACAAUCUCCUGAACAAUCUGGGAGCUCUCACUGGGACGAAACCAUAUAUCAGAGUUGGGGGCAACACGCAAGAUUAUGCUCUGUACAAUGCAAGCUUGAAGGAGGCGAUGAAUGGGACCAUCAAUCCCGCGAGAUCUGCAGACUACCCGACGACAAUCUACAUUGGACCGUCGUACUUUGAUUCCUACAAUACGUGGCCAGGCACGAAAUUCAUUCAUGGAUUUAAUCUAGGGCUUGGGGGAAACAACACCGCUGGUUGGGAGACAUUGCUCGAGACUGUCACACUCGCAUGUAAAGCGCUUGGUACAGAGAAGUUGCUGUGGUGGGAAUAUGGAAACGAGCCAGAUCUCUAUUCAACAUCCGCUCAAGGACCGGUCCGACCUGCAUCAUGGAAUGAAGCGGAGUACGUCGCUCAAUGGCUGAACGGUACCCGUGCAAUCAAAGAUCAGCUCGCUAUAGCAUGUCCUGAAUUGACCACGAACGACACAUACGGCUACAUUGCGCCAUCGUUUGCGGGGACCAACAAUCACCUCAAAUAUUGGACGACGUGGCAAGACGGGUUAAAUACGGACCACGACAUCAAGCUCAUUUCAUCUCAUAAUUAUAUCGGCGGGGCAACACAACCGGGUGUCACUCUCCAAGGCACACUCAUGAACCACACCUCAACAGUCCACUCAAUCAGCACCCAAGUCAACGAAUCGAACUAUCUCUCUUCAUACGGAAUCCCUUUCAUCCUUGGCGAAACCAACAGUCUGUACAACGAAGGGGCACCGGGCCUCUCGAACUCCUUCGGAGCCGCGCUCUGGGGCAUCGAUUUCAACCUCUGGUGUGCAUCUGUCGGUAUCCGACGCACACACAUGCACAUGGGCACCGACUACCGCUAUGCCAGCUGGCAGCCAAUCCAGACGAACAAGACGGCCAUUGGGACGAAGCCGCCUUAUUAUGGGAACAUAGUCGUUGCUGCGAUGAUGGGCAAUUUGGUUGAGAACUCCGUUCAGAUCGCAAAUAUUCCUUUGGAGAAUGAGCGAGAAGCUGCGUAUGCUGCUUAUGAGAAAGGGACGUUGGCUAGGAUUGCGGUUGUGAAUAUGAGGCAGUAUAAUUAUACCGUGAAUGGGACCAGUGAUGUGUUGAAUACGGUGCCGAGACCGCAGCAGGAGUACACUUUCAAGAUUCCGGAUUAUUGUUCGAGAACGGUUUCUGUGCAAAGAUUGUAUGCGAAUGGAAGUGAUGCGAUCAGUGGAAUCAGCUGGGAUGGGACGAGUUAUAAUUGGGAGCUGGAUGAGGGGAAGCCUGUGAGGUUAGACAACGUAACUAUUGGCGAGGAGACAAGGGCAGCGGGAGAAUUUGUCAAAAUUCAGGUACCAGACUCGACAGCUGUAAUUCUUAAUUUUGGGAAGCAAGGAAGCUGGUAGAAUCCAGACACAAAUUGUUAAUGAAAUUGUAAUUGAUGCC